AUGAAGGUCUCAUCCCUCCUCCCCUCUGUCUUGCUGCUUGUUGGAGCAACUCGCGCAUCUCCGCACCCCGCACAACCUCCGCAACAACCAUUGAACAACAUCAUUGAAGAAUCAAAUACGCAAACGAACCCACCCAACAAACAUGACCUAGAGCAUGUAAUCGACACAUCUCCCCUUCUAUCGUUACAUCGCGAUCUCGUCAAAUUCGAGUCGAUUUCCGGAAAUGAGGCCGAUGUAGGCGACUUUCUCAUUCAAUAUCUCCAAGCUCGCGAUUUCAAGGUUGAGAAGCAAAUCGUCGUUCCCAAAGGGCCCAAGGGUCAAGGAGAACGAUUCAAUAUCUAUGCAUACCCGAAUUCGACUCCGGAACCUAGAGUGCUUUUGUCAAGUCAUAUGGACACAGUGCCUCCCUAUAUACCCUACAGUCUCGAUCUACCAUCUUCAAAUGGAUCAACCACCGACUCCCUCAACUGGCGCGACAACAUCCUAAUCGCCGGCCGCGGCUCCGUCGACGCAAAAGCAAGCGUCGCAUCCCAAAUCCUUGCCGUCCUCGAAUACCUCCAGCUUCACCCCGAAGCACCAUUGGGCUUGCUUUUUGUCGUCGGCGAAGAAGUCGAUGGUAUCGGUAUGCAAUAUUUCUCGCAAUCAGAACUCAACACCUCGCCACCGACUGUACACACCGUCAUAUUUGGUGAACCUACCGAAUUAGCGCUUGUGUCUGGUCACAAGGGGUCUUUAUUCUUCAAGAUAAGCGCAAAAGGCAAAGCGGCGCAUUCAGGAUAUCCGUGGCUGGGUCAGAGUGCUGUAUCAGCACUUUUACCGGCGCUGGUCAAGCUUGAUACGCUCGCCGAUAUCCCCGUGGAGGAUGGCGGAAUUCCCGGAAGUGAGAAGUUGGGUAAAUCGACUAUAAACAUUAGCCGCAUAGAUGCUGGUAUUGCGAGUAACGUCGUACCGGCCUCGGCGGAGGCAUCCGUCAACAUUCGUCUAGCAUACCACGAUGUCGAGAAAGUGAAGGAAAUCGUCACAAAAGCCGUCGACGAAGCUACCAACGGUGAUGAGAAUGUUACUAUCGAAUGGGGUAACAAGGGCAAGGGUCAUGCACCUAUUGAUUUCGAUACGGAUGUUGAUGGGUUUAAAGUUAUGACUGUCAAUUAUGCGACUGAUGCAUGGUACCUCAAAUUCCAUGAAGGGUCCGGUGGUAGCCCCGAGGGUCGCGUACAUACGUAUUUGUAUGGACCGGGAAGUAUAUUCGUAGCCCAUGGGGCUGAUGAGGCGAUUACCGUAAGGGAUUUGGAGGAUGCUGUGUCGGGGUAUAAGAAGUUGAUUGAGGCUGCCUUUGAGAGGAAUAAAGUUUAA